AAAAUAGCAUUUGAAUAAACUGUAUGCAGCAAACGGGGCAGGGAAGCUGCUGUGUGACAGCCAUCCUAGAGGAAGCACAGGAGAAGCGUCAUCAACAUCUAAAACAGUCAACAGAGCUGCUCCCCCCCCCCCAAAGAAUGUCUUGGGAUUCGCUAAGCAGAGAUGACCUGCUACGCCCCACAAUACGAAGGGCUUCAAGUCUUACUUCCAGCAGCCCGAAGAGCUAUGAAACACCCAUGCUUGGGGAGAUCCAGCGCAUGCUAUGGACACCCGUGCCGUGCCGUGGCAAUGUCAAUGAAGUCUGGCCUAACCUCUACAUUGGAGAUUUAUACAUAGCCCGGGACAUAGAGCAGCUUCGGCGAAUGAGAAUCACCCACAUAGUAAAUGCUGCAGCUGGAAGAUUCCACAUUGACACCGGGGCCAAAUUCUACAAAGACCUGCCAGUGGACUACUACGGAGUCGAAGCUGAUGAUGAUCCCAAGUUCGAUCUCAGCAUUUAUUUCUAUCCAACUGCUAAAUACAUAAGAGCAGCACUGCACUCUCCCCGAGGCAAAGUACUCGUUCACUGUGCAAUGGGGAUAAGCCGCUCAGCAACACUUGUGCUUGCCUUCUUGAUGAUCUGUGAAAAUAAGACCCUCGUGGAUGCCCUCAACACCGUGCGGAAACACAGAGGGGUCUGCCCAAACUCUGGUUUUCUCAGUCAACUUCGAGAUCUCGACAUCCGGUUAAUGAGUGAAAGAGGAAGAGGCGGUCCCUUGAAUCUUUAGACAGAAGAUAUUCCCUCUAUGAUUCAAAGUCUAGAGGAAAGUCUAGACAUUCCUCAGAUGUGCACCUGAACUUUGUGUCAGUAGAAUGUAAUUUAAUGUAGAUGUAUAUCACUGUGAUGUGAGAAAUGCAUUCAAGAUUAAAGGAGUGCUGGGAGCGGUAUACAUACUUUUGAUGGAUGUAGAAUUAAAUGCCCAGUAUAAGAGGUGGGGAAGGGGUACCAAUGAAUACAGUAGCAGUUCCAAGAACAAUUUAACAUCUGCAUAACAAUUGAUCCUAACUUAAGUCAGCAACAUUAUGUUGUGAAACUAUGUCCUUUAAGCAGUGUUAACUUUUGCAAAGUUUGGAAACACUAGUGCCAAAUGCUAAUAAAAGCUUACAUAGUGUC